AUGUUCGUCGUCGAAAAUGUCCAGUGCAUCAACGGCGGAGUCACCUCUGUCGGCACCCUUCGUCUGACCGAUUUCCACCUCGUUUUCUGCACGCCAGUUCCUACCCCCAAAGACCAGCCACAACCUGCCCAGCCGAAGACUCGCGAAUCAUGGAUCACGUACCCCAUCCUUUCGCAGUGCACGCUUCGACUCAUGCCUCCGACGACUGGCAUUCAUAGCUCCAUCCGAAUCCGCUGCCGAGACUUCAUAUUCGUCACCUUCACAUUCCAAGAUGAUAAAGUUGCCCGGGAGGUCUUUGAGUUUGUCAAGAUGCGAACCUGUAAACUUAGCGGAGUCGAUCAGCUCUUUGCUUUCUACCAUAAGCCUUCCAAGGCUGAGAAGCAGGUCAAUGGCUGGGGCAUUUAUGAUCCGAGAGCCGAGUUCCGCCGACAGGGCAUCAGCGAGAAGUCAGCAGACAAGGGAUGGAGGAUCACCAACAUCAACAAGGACUACACUUUCUGCGAUACAUAUCCCGCCGUUCUUGUGGUCCCCUCUUCAAUCUCCGACAAUGUCCUGAAGUACGCCAAGGAGUACCGAUCCAGGAAUCGCAUACCGGUCCUUAGCUACAUUCACAGCGUGAACAACUGCACAAUUACGCGAAGCGCCCAGCCUCUUUCUGGUAUCACCAGGAAGAACAAUGUUCAGGACGAGAAGCUUGUCAUGGCUUCAUUCGCAGCCCGGGUUCCUCGAACAAGUACUGACUCUGAACAGCCUUCUCGCCAAAGCCAGUCAGAGGCUCCUUCAGAGAACGCCAGCUUGUCGGAGCUUGAGAAAUAUGAGGAGAGUGUGAUUGAGGAAGCGGCACCCCGAUUGUUCGACGAGAAGACUGGAAGAAGGCUGGUAUAUGGUGCUCAGCAAGCCAACAUGAUUGUUGAUGCUCGGCCUACUGUGAAUGCCAUGGUAAACCAAGUUCAGGGAAUGGGGUCUGAGCCUAUGGAUCGCUACCCUGGUGCGACAAAGGCCUUUAUGAACAUAGAGAACAUUCACGUUAUGAGGAACUCCCUAAACAAGGUCGUGGAUGUUAUCAAAGAUGCCGAUGUCUCACCAUUACCACCUGAUCAAAACGCCCUCUAUGCGACUGGCUGGCUUAAGCAUACUGGAGCCGUCCUGAACGGGGCUGAGAUCAUCGCACGGCAGAUUUGGUACAGGCACUCGCAUGUCUUGAUCCACUGCUCUGAUGGCUGGGACCGCACAAGUCAGCUCAGCGCUCUCGCUCAGAUCUUGUUAGACCCGUAUUUCCGAACCAUCGAGGGGUUCAUUGUUCUUGUUGAGAAGGACUGGCUCUCUUUUGGCCACAUGUUUAGGUUGCGGUCUGGCCACUUGAACCAUGAGAGCUGGUUCAAUGUUCAGAGAGACGGCAUGGCCGGCCAGACUAUUCAGCCAGGCGACAAUGACGGCCGCGCUGAUGCCUUUCAAAAUGUCAUUGCCGGGGCCCGUCGAUUUUUCAACCAGAACAAAGAGGACCCAGCUGAGCUUGAUGCCAUUGGCGAGGCUGCUACUGGCAAAGUCGCUAAUGACGAGGCUACUGUGCCCAAGAUGAUCAGCCCUGUGUUCCAUCAGUUCCUGGAUUGUGUCUACCAACUCCUGCGUCAGAAUCCAACAAAGUUCGAGUUCAAUGAGCGAUUCCUUCGACGUCUACUCUAUCAUCUUUACUCCUGCCAGUAUGGCACGUUCCUCUAUAAUUCUGAGAAGCAGAGACGUGACGCUCAAGUCACUGCACGUACAUCUUCUGUCUGGGAUUACUUCUUGUCCCGCAAACAGGAAUUUAUCAACAAAGACUACGACCCUACCAUUGACGAAUACGUUAAGGGCCGUGAUUCGAUUAUCAAGCCAAAUCUGAAAGACAUUGUCUGGUGGCACCAGCUUUUCAACAGGACAGAUGAGGAAAUGAAUUCGGAUUUACACGCUACUAUCGCACAGGCGCAAAACAGAGCCUCGGCUAUCGCCAACUUCCAACCAUCAACAGAGGAGUCAUAUGCUAGCAGCCACCCUGGUACUCCUCCCGAGAUUGCCACUCCUGCCUCCAAGCCGCCCUCAUUGGUGGCGUCACAGUCUGUCCUUGCCGCAGUAGAAUCAGGACACAGUGCUUUAACUCCAGAAGAGGAGCGGCAGGGACGGCGGCAAGAUCAGGGCCAGGAGCGACAUCUGCACCGCAGUGUGUCAGCUGAAAACAACAACGCAUUUUCCUCAUUGAGAGAUGGGAUUGCCAACUUAAACAUCGGCCGGAACGUCUCCGGUAUGUUGAAUAACUUGGGAGCUGGCCGCAACGCCAGCCCUGCCUCUACCUCGAGAGGCGUCAUGUUCGAAGAAUUGCAAGACGCGCCUUACUUGAUCGAUCAGAGCGAUUCUACAAUGAUGUACGAUGCCAAUCUCUGCAUUCCGGAGAGCUGGGCUGAUCCUGAUUUCCAGGAGUCGAGCGAUUCACGGUCCGAGUCGAGCGAUUCGAACUCGGACUCGGCUUGGGAGUGGGGAACCAAAGGCAUGAGAGACUGGGGUAUCAUGAGCUUCCACGAGGAUAUGGUUGACCCCAUUGACCGCUUUGUAUGGCCGCCCACCAUGUACACGGCAUACGAGGGGAACAACACCGUCAGCAACGAUCACAAAGCUAGCCAUAGUGAUAUUACUGCCAAUGGUAGCGACGAAGAAGUCGACGAUGGCGAGUUUUUCUUUGUGGACGAAGGCAAGGAUGCUCUCUCCGCUGAUAAUGGCAGGCCUUUGCAAACCCCCAUCAUCGCCCAAUAA